AUGAUUGUGAAGAAGUCGCCUCAGAAGAUACCACGUCUGAGCACUACUAGUCCCGCCGGAUUGUCGGAUGCUGCACGCUGGCAGGCAUUGGUCAACCGAGACGCCAAGGUAAACUCCUUUGUAUACGCGGUUACAACGACCAGGAUCUACUGCAGGCCAUCAUGUCCUGCUCGUCUCGCACGACGAGCGAAUAUCAGAUUCUACGAUACACCGUCAGACGCAGAGUGGGCGGGUUUCAGGGCCUGUAAGCGCUGCAAACCACAGGACUUACAGGCGGUUAAUUCGCAGGUCCAAUUGAUACAGAAGACCUGCGAGGCUAUCGAGUCACAAAUAAGGAGUGGUUCAAAACCGACGCUCCGGAAACUGGCGGAUCAGGCGGGUCUCACAUCUAGUCAUUUCCAUCGGGUGUUCAAAAAGAUCACGGGCGUCACACCCAGUCAAUAUGUCACGAUCAUGUUAAAUCAAAAUGAUGGGAGAUCACUGGAUGAGAACGGCCCCGUGGAGGAUCCGGCAGCGCUUCAGCCUGCUGUGGUGGGCGCAUGUUUUGAUUCCCUCUUGACUAGGGGAUUGGACGAUACCGAUAUCGCAAAUGGUGGAAGCACGGAGCGAUGGAAUGACUUUGAUGUUCUCAUAGCCGCGGAGGCUGAAUGGAUGCCUGGGCCGGAUAUGAACGGCACCUGCACUCUGCCCAUGCUCGAAGAAGACACUGUUGCCGCCGACUUCACGAUUCCACCGGAUAUCAUAUCGCAGAUCGGAAUUGAUGCAGCUGCUGCACCUUUUUUGCCGCCACUAGCCAUCAAACCUAUUGUUUCUUAG